ACUGCUUAUAAAAAAGCGUCACUUCCGGUUUUGAUUGCUCAUAACUUCCUGACCAAAAUAUUUUGAAAUAUACAGUAGAGUGAAGUUUUAAGGUAGCACCUAUCAACAUGGAUGAUACACUUUUUCAGUUAAGAUUCACAACGAAACAACUUGAAAGGCUAGCUAAGAAAUCUGAAAAAGAACAGAGAAAAGAAGAGGCCAAAGUGAGAAAGGCUAUUGCUCAAAAAAACAUUGAAGGAGCAAGGAUCUAUGCAGAAAAUGCCAUUAGGAAAAAGAAUGAAGGUCUGAACUAUUUGCGAUUUGCAGCUAGAGUGGAUGGAGUAUCAGCACGAGUCCAGACAGCAGUAGCAAUGAAAGGAAUUGCAAAGCAAAUGGAAGGAGUAACAAAAGCAUUAGACAAAGCUAUGUCAUCUAUGGAUUUAGAAAAGGUUGAACAAAUAAUGGGGAAGUUCGAGAAGCAGUUUGAAGACAUGGAUGUGAGGACAUCAACAUUGGAGAAUUCCAUGAGUUCCGCCACCACACUGUCCACCCCUCAGAGUGAGGUCGAGUCUCUGAUGCAACAGAUAGCGUCAGAAAAUGACCUUGACAUCACCGAUCAACUCAAGGAACUUAACCCCACCACAGCCUCUAUACGAGAGGAUGGAGAAAAGAAGAAAGAGGAUGAUCUUUCCAGGAGGUUACAAGCCCUCCGACAUUGAUCACGUCUCCCUCCAGUUCGGUAUAUAUCAGCAGCAUGUUAAGGAUUUUAUUGUUUGGGACGAAUUCUUUGCUACACAAAGUGCAUACAAAUUAGGAGUGCUGGGACAUCGGUAGGAAUAAGUGCUUUGACCAUUAGUGAAUGAAACUGGUAAUAUAGAUACAUUUUCACCUCAAGAUUGAUCAGUAUCUUAUUGGUGAGUUUUCUAAAGCUGUUGUUGUCUUAUUUCGUAUGUAUCCUGACCUCGACUAUGAGUAUCUGUACCUGGUAUUUAAAUUCUGGCUGUGUGUAUAGGCACAGAUAGUGGGAGCUGAUGAAACACUUCAUAACAUGCAGGAUAGCAAGUUUAGCAGAAAAACUGAAAAUGUCUGAAAACUGUGUUACAUGUGUGUGCUAUUUAAGGAGUAAAUAUCUAGAUUGUGUUUAUUACGGGGAUAUGAAGUUAAAGGGAUCGUAGGUUAAUUUUUAUAAUCAGCAAAACUGAUUACCGUUAUGUAGAAAUUACCUAAUAUUUCCAUAUCCCCCCAAUACAAACUAGACGUUUAUUCUAUAUAUUUAUAGUUUGUAAUUGAACUGUUACUGUAUAGAUAUCAGGUAUAUUAAAUUGAUGAUCAUUAGUGAGUCAGUUUAUAUAGAGAAUAAUGAACAUUGAAUCAUUAAAAGUUUGUUAUUACCAACACAUUGAUACCAUAAAUAUUUUUGGAUUGCAGAAUUGUAUACCAAGUUUAUACCUGCUCUCAACUAUUAUUUUUAGCUGCAGAUAUCUGUUUAUUAACUGUCAGAAUUAAAACUUCUUUUUUGUCAAAUAUCUAUGUCAGAUUCUAAUAAAAACCAAAUGUCUUUGUCAGAGUCUGGGUGAAUACUGAAUUAUUCUUUGUCAUGUGAUCAUGUAUCCCAUAGCAUGUUAUAUACAUGUAUUAUUCAGGCUUAACAUAGUUUUAUAUGCCUUAAGUCUUAAUAUGAAUGUUUAUGACACAUUUAAUUUGUUGAAUUAUUUAUUGUUUAAAUGUUUUGAUUACAAAAUAAAAUUCAAUAUAAAAUUGCA